AUGAAUCAGGAUCAAAAUCAGGCAAAUCGUAUGUAUAAAGGUCCAAUACGUUUACACACGAUGUUUUCGCCGAGUGUACCAGACCUGAAUCGAAAAUUCAGUGAUUUGAAUACUAGUGAACAGUCAAUUGCUGUUAGUGACGGGGGAGUUGCGUUACGGAAGAAUGUUGUUAGAAACAAUUCUAACUCGGAACGUAUAUCUGGAAGCAAACGCCCCAAGAGCACGAUAUUAAGGGAGAACUCAGCUGGAUUAUCUCUGAUAAAUCUAUACUACGAUUUGGAUGAUGAGAACGAAGAAGAGAUAGGUCAAGUUUCGAUGAAGGGACAUAAGAUCAAUCAGAAUAACAGUGGAUCAUCAGAAUUGGAGUUGAAUGAGGGAGCGUUAACACUAGCAACCGAGGAUAAGACCAUUAAUUUAGAUGAUAGUGGGUCAUCAGAUGCGUUGAAUGGGAUCGGUCAAUUGCCCACGCCAGAAUCGGAAUCUCGUGCGAGUCAAUUGCUUGGAAACUCGUCUCUGAUAGAAGAUGCAGCUUCAAUCAAGGUGAAGGAUUCACAUUUGGAUAGGUAUGGAUUCAUGAAGCAGAACCAAUAUAUCUCAGAGAAACAAUAUAACGAAUGGUGGUCAGAGUACUCCAAGUACUGCAUUCGAAGGAAACGGAAAUGGAAAGACCUACUUUUAAAAUCAGGUUUACCAGUAGAUAAUGAUUCUCCAAGUCGAUUCCCUUCAAAGUCGGAAAAGUUGAAGAGAUACGUGCGAAAAGGUAUACCAGCUGAAUGGAGAGGUAAUGCUUGGUGGUAUUUUGCCCGCGGUCAAGAGCUUUUGAAUAAAAACAUUGGUGUUUAUGAUAAAUUACUGACUAAGAUCAAUGAUCCAAGCUUUACAAGUAAAGAUACUGAGAUUAUAGAAAGAGAUUUACAUCGGACUUUCCCUGAUAAUAUCCAUUUCCAAAGAUCCAAGGUCAGUUCCGAGGACCCACUAAUUAUAAAAUCUUUAAGGAGGAUCUUAAAGGCUUUCGCCAUCUAUAACGCUAAGAUCGGUUAUUGUCAAUCGAUGAAUUUCUUAGUUGGUCUUUUACUAUUAUUCAUGGAUGAAGAACGUGCAUUUUGGAUGCUAGUAAUAAUGACAUCUAGGUACUUACCAGGAGUGCAUAGUAUUAACCUGGAAGGUGUCAAUAUUAACCAAGGUGUGCUUUUACUAUGCAUAAAAGAGUAUCUGCCACACUUUUGGCAAAGAAUAUAUUCCAAUAAAGAUCAACAACACAGUCCCGGCCUAUCCAAUAAGAACGAAUUUCUCUAUAAGUUGCCACCAGUCACACUCUGUACUGCCAGUUGGUUCAUGAGCUGUUUCAUAGGAGUAGUACCUAUUGAAGCUACCUUACGUAUAUGGGAUUGUCUCUUCUAUGAGGGUUCACACAUUCUUUUCAAGAUGUCGUUAGCGAUCAUCGAACUAAGCGAGACCAAUUUACCAAAAUUAAAUCACGUUAGCAGCCGAAACUCAGACGAUGAAGACAUGGAAUUAUUCCAAGCUAUUCAAACAUACCCUAGACGGUUGAUAAACCCCAACGAUAUUAUAGACAAAGCCAUCUUCAAGAGGAGAUUGAGAUUCAAUGCACUCAAUCAAGAGGAAAUCGAACGAUGUAAGAAGUACGUUAUCUCUCAAAGAGCCAAAUACAAGAACUUCCAAGAUGUAAUGAAGAAUGAAACCACCAACUCCAAUAAUAAGAGAGACUCCAAAUUGGCACAGGAACUGAUCAAUGAAACCUUUUCUAACGAAGGAUACGGAUUCAAGAAGGGUUUAAAUGGGGUAAAUUGGAAUAAUAACAUCAAAGAAAGAGUACGUAGAUUGAGCAGAAAGAGGUAA